UGCGAUUUCAAUUCAACCCAGAUGAGGCGACGUGUUUAGCAGGGAAUCAGUUAGUUACCUCGACCAACUCGCUCUCUCACCACCCUUCUUCGCUCAACGUCUCCUUGAUCACCAAAUCGACCCGCCCGCCCGUCCGCAGCUGCCCAGUCUCUCUUUCGGAUUUCUCUUCCCCACAAUCAUCUACAAUGGCCGACCAAGUCUCUGAAGCUCUGGAGGUGCCCCGGGAGUUCGUCAAGGAUGGAGUCCAGUUCAUGACAAGGUGCCAGAAGCCUGACCAGAAGGAGUUCCUCAAGAUCUCGCAAGCAGUUGGCGUCGGCUUCUUGAUUAUGGGCUUCGUCGGGUACAUUGUGAAGCUGAUACACAUUCCCCUCAACAACAUCCUCGUCGGCGGCGCAUAGAUAACGACUUCGGGUCGGGGCUACUAGGAGCGAUGGACAAGAUGCAUGCAUGCCGAGGAAGGAACGAUUCAGCAGUCUCAUAGCUGCGAAUUCAAUGAGAAAUAACAGGCAUCACUACGCGACACUGGCAGAUAACAGUGGGCGUAAACUGACGGCGGCAACCUGGCAAAGGAUACUUCAUAUACCAUAUCACAACUGUUGUGCAAGAGGGCAGCAUAACAAGUAAUCGAUUUAUCUCAUGUCCCACCAA